AUGGACCCCAACGAUGGUCCCCAUGUGUCGUGGGAGUCUCUUUCAUCAACCUUUUCCCAUCUUGAGGUUUCUUUCUCGCAGGACAGUUGCUAUGGCUCGGACGAAGUCUCAGUCGAGUCGGCUAGCUCGACCGCAGCGCAGUCGGGUGUUUCGAAUUGUGUGACCAAGCACACAGAUCCAUCUCUGCACCCGUUCUUGAAAUCGAUCUUGAAGAAGCCGUGCACAAACGUUGAACAUGACACGGCAUCCGAGUCUGGCUAUGGAUCGGACGAAAUCGAAUCGGAUUAUGAUGCCCUCUCUGACGAAGAAGAGGACGAGGACGAGGACGAAGACGAAGACGGUGAUAUGUCCGACUUCUCGGUCUGGGACGAGACAUCACGAGAUGUGCCUGAGACCCAUGAAGAUCAUACCGAGUCCUUCGAUGACUCCUUUAUUUGUUUUGGUCCCGCGGUCCGAUUCGAUAACAGUGUGCACUACAUCGACACCUCUGAGCUCGACGAAGACGAGAGUUCCGCUCCCCAAAUGACCUGCCAUGAAAUGAUGAUGCGCGCCCGAUUGUUUGGUGGCGCCAACAAUAUUUCGAACCAGCUAGACGAGACAGACAACGACUCCGACGAAGAUGAAACCCGCCCCCAGGAAUUUGUUCGGACUACCACGAACCAACCCGAAGACUUUGCGCGCGAUGCGAUUGACCUGGACCAGCGUCUUUUCGUCGCAUACAUGAAUGGAAUGCACGGGGUUGCCGACGACAAGUACAAACCAUACCUUCGCACACAAGUGGAUCACAUUCGACUGGGCCACAAAGAAACCAUGGAUCCUAAUGAAAUGCCUUCCUUGUACCUCGACUUGGUCCUCAAUCAUGUCAUCGGCCUCUUCCGCAACCUGGUCGCCGCAGACGAAUUGAACGAGUUGAUUGCACUGCGCGAGGAAGAACAGACCAUCGAGCAGAAAUCUGCGACCCUGGAUUUGUCUCUUCACCAAGCGCUGCUGAACAAGAUCGAGCAAGUCCUCCUGAGCAGACUGACUCAUGGCCAUGUCGAUGUCCUCCCGGAUGAGCUGUGCUUCUUUGCUGGUGGGAUUGUGCACGCUUUGGGAACCCAGGACUUGCCCGCCCAAGCCUAA